CCGUCAGCACUUGCAUGGUAUUCAUGAUCUAACAUUAGAACAGGUUAUUGCACCGAUGGUACUAGCGCUCGACGUUAAGGGGGAACGUAAUAUAACCGGGGGUUUCAGGACGACCUUUGAUUCUGGUGUGCCAACGCUCUGGGGUAUGCACCGUGUAAAUUUGGACCGUUGUCCUUCCUUCAAGCUCUCCCAAAGUCAAAAUGCAUUCGAUUGGUUCGGCGCGCACACACUGCACAUGUUUUCAGAGAGGGAACACACGUCGCGCGUCCAGAGGGCGUUGCUUGGACGCAUACCAGACACCAUUACAAGUUUGAAGGAAACCCUUCGAACCCUUUUCUGUUUGGCCACCGGACUGGGAGGCGAGACUCAUGCCGAGUUUGCACUGUGUAAUCCCUUCGAAGGGAGACCUGUACGCAAUCAUCCUCGUGACUGGUAUCCGGCUCGACCUUGCGGCCCACACAGUUGUAGCUGAUUCGUGGAUCAUACCAAAGUCAGACAAGGUUCAAGACAAGCUGAGGAGAGGGAGAGAGAUACCGUCCUUAGUUGCCAUCAAAACAAAUGCCGACGAAUCGGAAGCGUGGAGACAUUUGCUUCCACU